AUGGAAUGGGAUAAUCAGCAGCAACCCAAUAAUCAUCAAUCUUCUAAUCUUCAUGGGAUCGACGUUAAUGGCGGUGGUUCCGGCGCCGGAGGAGGAAUGUACGUGAAGGUCAUGACCGAUGAACAGUACGAAACUUUGAGGAAACAGAUUGCUAUUUACGCCACCAUCUGUGAGCGACUCGUUGAGAUGCAUAAAACCUUAACUGCUCAACAAGAUCUUGCAGGAGGGAGAUUGGGAGGUCUAUAUGCAGAUCCAUUGAUGUCAUCUAUAGGUAACAAGAUGUCUGCUAGACAAAGAUGGACUCCUACACCAGUUCAGCUUCAGAUUCUGGAGCGUAUAUUCGAUCAAGGAACUGGAACACCGAGCAAGCAAAAGAUCAAAGACAUAACCGAAGAGCUGAGCCAACACGGUCAGAUUGCUGAACAAAAUGUCUACAAUUGGUUCCAGAAUCGACGUGCUCGUUCCAAGAGGAAACAACAUGGUGGUGGUGGUUCUUCUAGUAACAACAAUGGUGAAUCUGAGGUAGAGACUGAAAUUGAGUCUUUGAAUGAUAAGAGAAAGAGACCAGAGAGUCUUCUUGUUCUUCCUGAUGGAAACAAUAAUGCCAUUGGGACGACAACAACAACAACUAGUCCUAGGCCUGAAGAUCUUUGCUUUCAAAGCCCUGAGAUGAGCUCAGAUCUUCACUUGCUAGGAGUUCUAUCAAACCCAAGGGAUGAUGAGCAUCUUGUGGGAAAGAUGGGCUUGUCUGAAAGCUACAACCUUUAUGAUCAUGUUGAAGAUUAUGGCAUGUCAGGCUGA